UGCGCAGUCCCGGAAGCGGCGCGGGGAAGCUGCUGGGCGCGCGUCGCGGGAGGAAGCGGCUCCCGGUCGGCGCGAGUCGGGUCCGCCUGGGCCAUGGAAUCGCUGAUCGAGCUCGCGCCCCGCUGUCUUCCGCUUCUCCCUUUACUGCUGCUGCUGCUGCCAGCCCCGGAGCUGGGCCCACGCCAGGCGCGGGCAGAGGAGACCGACUGGGUCCGGCUGCCCAGCAAAUGCGAAGUGUGCAAAUAUGUCGCUGUGGAGCUGAAGUCAGCGUUUGAGGAAACAGGCAAGACGAAGGAGGUGAUUGGCACGGGCUAUGGCAUCCUGGACCGCAAGGCUGCCGGCGUCAGAUACACCAAGUCGGACUUGCGGUUAAUCGAGGUCACCGAGACCAUCUGCAAGCGGCUUCUGGACUAUAGCCUGCACAAGGAGAGGGCCGGCAGCAAUCGCUUUGCCAAGGGCAUGUCGGAGACCUUUGAGACGCUACACAGCCUGGUGCACAAGGGCGUCAAGGUGGUGAUGGACAUCCCCUACGAGCUAUGGAAUGAGACCUCCGCUGAGGUGGCCGACCUCAAGAAACAGUGUGAUGUGCUGGUGGAGGAGUUCGAGGAGGUGAUCGAGGACUGGUACCGGAACCAUCAGGAGGAGGACCUCACUGAAUUCCUGUGUACCAACCACGUACUGAAGGGCAAGGAUACCAGCUGCCUGGCAGAGCAAUGGUCUGGCAAGAAGGGCGACACAGCCACCCUAGGAGGGAAGAAGGCCAAGAAGAAGGGUAGCCAGGCCAAGACAACCAGUGGCAGCAGCCAGCAGAGGAAGGAGCUCCGGGGGGUCGAGGGAGACCCCGGUGCCGAGGACGAGGAGGAAGGGGGCAUCCAGAAGGCGUCACCACUCCCACACAGCCCCCCUGAUGAGCUCUGAGCAACCUCGAGAUGGAAGACUGGCGUGAUGCUCUGAGCCGGAGACCUCAUGGCUCAGGACCAGGACAGGCGCGCAGCAGCCAUGGUUCCCCUCCUGGCCCAGGCUUCAGGUGGCCACAGGAUUGGGACUUGUAGGACCCAUUGUGUGUCAAAAGGGACAGGGGCAGCUGCUGGAACCAGACAAGAGAAGUGCAGAGCCCUAGGAGGACGCACAGCCUCCUCCUCCCUACCGUGCACCCCAAGAGUACCCUCAGCCCUCUGUCCACCCCUCCGGGGGCUCAGAGUAAAGACCCAUUGGCCUUUU